AUGCCUCCUAAGGAAACAAGCGCGUUGACGGCUGGUGACCAGAAGUUCUUCACUGCCAUCUUCAAGUAUCUUCCCAAUAGCCUGGAUAUUGACUGGGACGGACUUGCCCAGGAGCUCAAUCUGAAGGAUUCAAGAAUUGCCAAAAUGCGAUUCUCACAGAUCCGACGCAGGUAUCGAAAGGAAGAAGCGGCGGGAGGCUCUCCUCAGCAAACCAAAUCUGCUAGAGUCACCAAGUCUACCAAGGGCAAGAAGGCUAAGGCUGCUGGCAAGGGCCGAGACGAGAGUGAUAGCCCCGAAGAUGAUGAAGAUAUGAAGCCCGUUACGAAGAAGGAGCUCAAAGAUGACGCUGCAGGUGUGAUUAAGAUCGAGGAUGGCGAUGAUGAUGAGGUUAUUGCUACUCAAAAGUGA